CUUGAGAAGCCAAAUUACAGACUGAAGUAUAUUCUUAGUGGACACACCAUGUCGAUCUCCACGCUCAAGUUCAGCCCGAACGGCUCUAUGUUGGCAUCUGCUGCCGCUGACAAGCUCAUCAAACUCUGGGACGCCUACACGGGCGAGAUAAUACAAACUUUGAGCGGCCACGCCGAGGGCAUUAACGAUAUAGCGUGGUCCGCGGACGGAGAGUAUCUUGCUUCUGCCUCAGACGACAAAAGCAUCAUAUUAUGGAGCAUGGAUCUUUUCGAAAGAGUCAAUACGCUUGAGGGGCAUACGAAUUUUGUGUUCUGUUUGAACUAUAACCCUCGAUCAAACUUACUCGUGUCUGGUGGCUACGACGAGACUGUCCGCAUCUGGGAUGUCGCGCGAGGAAAGUCAUUGAGGGUUCUGCCUGCACACUCCGACCCUGUCACAGCAGUUAGCUUCAAUCACGAUGGGACUCUUAUUGUUUCUUGCGCAAUGGAUGGACUAAUACGAAUAUGGGACGCGGAGACGGGCCAAUGUCUGAAGACUCUCGUUGACGAUGACAAUCCAAUCUGCUCUCACGUCAAGUUUGCGCCAAAUUCGCGAUUCGUGCUGGCAGGCACACAGGAUUCGACGCUCAGGCUUUGGAAUUGUCAAAGCUCGCGCUGCGUCAAGACGUAUACAGGCCAUUCCAACCGAACGUAUUGUCUCACUGCAUGCUUCAGCGUAACGAAGGGCCACUACAUCAUCAGUGGAAGCGAAGACGCCAAAAUAUUCAUAUGGGACUUGCAAACGAGGGACGUGAUUCAAGUCCUAGAGGGCCAUAGAGACGUGGUGCUCGCCGUAGCUACACAUCCCAACCAGAACAUCAUAGCGUCAUCGUCAAUGGAGAAAGACCUCACCAUACGGUUGUGGGUGGACGAAUGAGGUCAAUGGGUCACUACUACUGCCGACGGCUGUCGAACGUCAACCCCGCGUUCUCUGCUUCUGUCGUUCGGCCUGUACUGUAGCACGCAUUGAGACCCUUAUGUAUGCGCAUGUUGAAGAUACCCUGGCAUGCUGUUGUUCUGGAUUGUGAAUAUUUGGAUUGUU